AUGGCGACGUUUCGAUAGAAGUGACAUCCUUCCGAUCAAAUGUCUUUUUACUUUGUAACGUUAACACUCUUUGUAAAUAUUAAUUACGAUCUCUAAGUAUUAGCGUUAACGGAACGACAUUCGUUAUGGCAGUUAACGCAAACGCAUUGUCUAGUGAUAUAAGCCGACGAAAUCCACAGGACGAGUAUGAACUCAUCCAGAGGAUAGGCAGCGGGACUUACGGAGAUGUUUAUAAGGCAAAAAGACUGUCUAUGAACGACUUAGCAGCCAUCAAGGUUAUCAAAUUGGAACCAGGUGAUGAUUUUGCAAUCAUUCAGCAAGAAAUUUUGAUGAUGAAAGAUUGUAGACAUCCUAAUAUAAUUGCAUAUUAUGGAAGUUAUCUUCGAAGAGAUAAGUUAUGGAUUUGUAUGGAAUAUUGCGGAGGUGGUUCGUUGCAAGAUAUAUAUCACAUAACUGGUCCAUUAAUGGAGAUACAAAUAGCAUACAUGUGCAGAGAGACUCUUCUUGGCCUAGCCUAUUUACAUAGCAUGGGAAAAAUGCAUCGUGAUAUUAAAGGAGCCAAUAUACUCUUGACUGAAGCUGGUGAUGUCAAACUGGCAGAUUUUGGAGUUUCAGCUCAAAUUACAGCAACUAUUAAUAAAAGAAAAAGUUUCAUUGGAACUCCAUAUUGGAUGGCACCUGAGGUUGCAGCUGUAGAGAGAAAGGGAGGUUACAACCAAUUAUGUGAUAUUUGGGCAUGUGGUAUUACUGCAAUUGAAUUGGCAGAAUUACAACCACCAAUGUUUGAUCUGCAUCCAAUGCGUGCCCUUUUUCUCAUGUCUAAGUCUGGUUUCAAACCACCAACUUUAAAGGAUCGUGAUAAGUGGAGUCCAACGUUUCAUAAUUUUGUUAAAGUAGCACUUACCAAAAAUCCCAAAAAAAGACCAACAGCAGAAAAGUUAUUACAGCAUGCCUUUUUCCAAGGCGAUAUGAAUAAAAGAUUAGCAUUGGAAUUGUUGCAAAAGGUUUCAAACCCCAGUCAUAUGUUUACUGAUUUGGACGCAGAUGAAGACGGAGCAGUUCCAAAUGUUCCACAAAGAAUUGCAUCGCGACAUACAGCGAGACCUAGACCAAAAAGCCCAAUUCCUCAAUUGGAUAGUGAUGAUCAAAUUAAUCUAGAUGCUGGAACCCUAUAUAGAGAUUUUAUUUCACCAACAGUCGAAAGAAAUGCAGUUUUGGAUAUUAUUGACAUCAUGAAUAAUUUAAAGAGUGUUCACAAUUGCGAUGUUCAUCCAGAGUGUGGAAUUGGUACAGCUUUUGAAGAUGUACAAGAAAAUACACUUGAUGCUGAUGUGAGUACAGAUAGUAGACAGUCACGCCGGAGCAAAACUGGCACAGAGAUAUUUCAUAUGAGUCUCAGGAGUCUAUUGCAGUACAUUGAUGAGGAGUUGUUGCUAAGGGGAAAUGCAGUGUCAAUGGUUAGUGGACAUUGCGACCGGUUAUACUCCAUGCAAGCUACUCUUCCGAUUGGAGAAUCAUCGAAUGAUUGUGAAGUGCACCGGGGCUUCUAUGCUAAUAUUACCGGAUCUCAAGCGAGUCCCAGGCGUCACAGCUCUGUGGACGAGUUGUAUGGCCUGGUCAGUGGUUCCCUCUCCUUAGCAGCUGUCAAUGGACAACGUCAACGAUCACUCUCGGAUAGUGGGCCGAGAGAUGAAACCCCACGUACUAAUGGUGACAAUGAGACGUCAGGUAAUGGUGAAGGAAAUGAAAUUGGACCUGAUCUGUUAUCGGACACACCUCCUGUACCUCCUAGGAGAAGGGAUCGGAAAAGGCAUACACCACCAAGACCCAUUAGUAACGGACUUCCUCCUACGCCAAAGGUUCAUAUGGGAGCAUGCUUUUCAAAGGUAUUUAAUGGUUGUCCUUUGAGGAUACACUGUACAGCAAGUUGGAUUCAUCCUGACACGAGAGAUCAACAUUUAUUAAUUGCAGCUGAAGAAGGAAUUUAUAAUUUAAACCUCAACGAAUUACAUGAGACUGCAAUCGAUCAAUUGUAUCCAAGACGUACAAUUUGGAUGUACGUUAUUAAAGAUGUGCUCAUGUCUUUAUCCGGAAAGACACCCCAGUUGUAUAGGCACGAUCUGUUAGCGAUGCAGAGUAAACAAACGCAUAGGUUUUCUUUACACAUGAAUAAAAUACCAGAGAGAUUAGUGCCUAGAAAAUUUGCAUUGACCACUAAAGUGCCAGAUACAAAAGGCUGCACGAAAUGUUGCGUCGGUAGAAACCCUUAUAAUGGGUAUAAAUAUCUAUGUGGUGCAGUGCCAGCGGGAAUAUUUUUAAUGCAGUGGUAUGAUCCACUAAAUAAAUUUAUGCUGUUAAAACAUUUUGACUGCAUAUUACCUUCGCCAUUAAAUGUCUUUGAAAUGGUUAUUACACCAGAGAUGGAAUAUCCCAUGGUGUGCGUUUCAGUGAAACAAACCUACCAACAAAAUAAACUGAAACUGGAUUUAAUUAAUAUGAACUCGGGUGCAAGUUGGUUUCAUAGUGACGAGCUGGAAGAUAUGGACGGUUCAGCCACUGUGAUUCCAAGAAGAGAAAAUCUUCAAGUAGUGAAUGUCACACAACUCGAAAAAGAUGCAAUACUCGUAUGUUAUGAUAAUGUAGUCAAAGUGGUGACGUUACAAGGCAAACCACGAUCCAGCAAGAAAGAGUUGUCAGAAAUACGUUUCAACUUCCAAAUUGAGUCUAUCAUUUGCUUACCAGAUAGUGUAUUAGCAUUUCAUAAACAUGGCAUGCAAGGAAGAAGUUUUAAAAAUAGCGAAAUCACACAAGAGAUUAGCGAUCCAAGUAGAACGUAUCGAUUACUUGGUUCAGAUAAGGUUGUGAUGUUGGAGAGCCACUUAGUUCACACAGGCACGUUGACGGAAUCAGAAGGAGCGGAUUUGUACAUACUUGCAGGACAUGAAGCUAGUUACUAGGGGAUUUCGAAGUAAUUUAAUUACAAAAAACGCUUCUUAUGUGUAAAUUUAUACCGUGAUUGCAGCAAUGCAUAAAUUAUUAUUAUUUGUUAAGGUUAUGCCUAAAUCAUAAUUAAUUUCUUUUUACGGAAACAAAGUUUAAAAUGUGUCUCGGUUAUUAACUGCUGACGGUAUCCUCGUAAAAUGAUGUAUAAAAAUCAAUGGCAUCACAGAUCAUUUUACUUCGUUACGUUCUAGAUCAUUUUUCAUUAUAAAGCUGACAUCUCUAUUUCCUUACGUGAAUCACAUUAAAUUCAUUCAUAUUUGAAGCGAUUGUCUAAAACCACUUUCUGUUUGCAGAAAUAAUAGUGUUGAAUUUCGUUUAAUUGAUUUUAGUGCCUAAAACUCAUUUUUAAUUAUUAAGCACACAUAGUAUGUAAAUAAAUGAUAUAAUUACGAUUUCUCAUGAAACUGAUUUAAGGCUCAAGAAAUGUCAUUGAUGAAACAUGGUAUUCUUUUGCAUUAUCUGUAUUUGUUAGUGAAAGUAUAGUGAUUAUGAAGAGUGCUGGGUUUCACGGAGAAUUGAAAUACUACACUAUUGUAAAAGAUGAAACAUUAAAUUAACAAACGAAAACGUUAAAAUAAUACCAGAAUAGGAAGUUCUGAUCAGGUCGAAGUUAAAACAUGAAAACAUUAUAUUGAGAAUGAGGCACAACACUUUAUAUAUUCUAAGUACACUUUUAAAUGUGUUUUAAUCAGGAUAUUAAUUUUCUUUCUAACCUUUUAUCUGGAUUUGUCACGGUUGAGUACUCUCAUAUUCAGCUAAUUUGUUCGUCAAAUAGAUAUGAUUACGUAUAUCUGCUAUGUCAUUCGUAAUAAGUCGCAAUCACAUAGUUGCAGUACUCUAAUAAGUAAUAACAGUAUUGUAUUUUCUACAGUUUCAAAAAAAGAAGUUAUUGAUAAUUGAAGUAUUCAGCGCUUUUUUCUAUCUACUUUCAGAUUUUAAGUUUUUGUACACCAAAGUUAUUUACAAAAAUAUGGAAAUUAUGAAUAUGAAACUACCCAGAUAUGGAUAAAAAUUGUCGAGAAACUAUUGAAGUUCUAUAUAGAAAUUUCAUUCUGUACAUAUGAUAUAGAAAUCAAAAGAAAGUAUUAUAUUACUUGAAAUUCAAUCGAUGUAUGGCUUGUAAGAUUUGACUGCUUACUGCUUUAUACUAAAAUUUGAACAACUUGAACGAAUAUCAAGUUUUGUAGCAGCAUGUACCUACUUUUUCAUGAGCAGCUAAGAAAUAAGUAGCACAUUGUUGUGGCCGAUUAACGCGCAUGAAUUCGCACAACAAUGAUUAUGAAUUAGUAAUUAGGUAGUUUUGUUUCUGCUACUCGUGAAAUGCCAGGUUGAGUGGUGUAAGUUUUAUCUGUAAUGUGCCGGUAUAAAUUGUUUCCGUUUCGUAAAACUCCCUUACAUCCCAUAUUUACGGAUAUUAUGCAUUAUCGUUAAUUUUCGUCAUGCGCAAAAUGUUCUGCAGUGAAAAUUUGAUAGCUUAUCCAAAAAUCGAAAAGUAUGCGUUACCCUACUUUCAAAAUCGAAGUAAUUGUCUUUUAUUAAAAAAUAACAUUCCAGGACAAGACUUGUGUCAAUAAUUGUUUUCUGUGAUUUCUGGAUAAAUCUAUUUUAUCUAACAGAGAAAUUAUAAAAGACAAGAUGAAAUAUUUUUAGAAAAUAUUUAAAAGUUAAGUACUAGUAAUAUCGGCGCCAAUUAAUUUGUUACCACUAUAGACGUCAAGAACGAAAUUGUUAGGUGGCAUGUUCACAUUUUUCUACAUUCCGGCAUUCACUUGACUUGAAUUUGUUUAAUGUAUUUUAAAAAUUAUAUUUACUUACACCACAUGUGCUGUACUCUUUGUAUAGAAUAUAAUUAUGUGUAUGUAUAUUACAUUGCUUUUAAAGGUAGUUACAUAGCUGCAUUUAUCAGCAUUUUAGGCUGACUCGCUAAUUACAAUUUUAAAAACUUCCACAGUAAGGUAUUGGGAAUAUAUUUCUCUUCAUUGAUAAAUAGUUCUAUUUCAAAUAAUAUGCCUACUUUACCUCGUGUGUAAAACUAUCUUAUAGGUUAAAUCGCAUCAAUCAAAUAAUAACUAAGUGCAUUGCACCUUGGUUAAAAGCGAUUGCGUAGUUUAUUUAGAAAAAUAAAAAUUGCAAUGUCUUCCGACUUUGGAAAUCGAAUAAUGAAAAAAAUAUGUUAAAGAAAAUUGUAUGUUUUGGAAAUUUUGUUUAAACGGUUGCAUUAAGACUUCUUUUCGCAUUUAGUUCGUUCUUCAAACCACUUUAUGUAUAGCUUCUUUUAAACCGAAUGGAUCUAUCAGUGUUGAACCAAUCAUUAUGAUUUUUUCCGAGUAAAAACUAAGCACUUUAUUUAUAAAAACUAUGUGAUUUUACUGAUAUUUGAGUAUACUACAAAAAAUAUGAUAUAACGACAUGCAUUUUUAUAAGUUCUGAAAAUAUUAAUGUAAACUAUCUUCAAAUUACUCAUACAAUUAACAUAAGUCUCUGAUAAUUAAAUAUUUAGAAUUUUACAUAAUUAUCGUACUUCUGAAGUUGAUUUCGAUACAUAGCUCAUGACUACAAAGUUUAUCGGAAUUGUCUGCACUUCUGAAUUUGAAUCCCAGAAGUACUUCAAACCAUUAUUCAUUCACUUUUAUAAAAAUCGUAAUUUCCAAAGUGUUACAUUCUGACGUAGUAUACUCAACAAGAAAACAGGUUAAAGAGAAUUAAAUUUACACAUAAGUAAGUCAUUUCACUAUUUGUAUAAUUUUAGAUCACAGAAUAUGAAUCCUAGUACAUCCAUUACAGAUUUGUGAUUAAUUUCAUAAUAAUUCACGAGACAAUAAUUUUAGUUACAAAAGCGAGUGUUUCACUGAAUGUAAAACGGAGACUAAAAAGUUGCUUAACAUGUAGCGUCGUAAAAACUUGUUGCUAGUGAAAUGCAAUACAUGAAAAAUGUAGAAAAGCAUGGUUUUGUUCUCCCACGACUUACCAAAUAUGAGAAGGGAACUAUGCAACUUAAGUAAAACCCGAAAACACAGGCUGCACAUAUCCAUGUUUUGCUCACGACCUCAAACAAGAAUUCUCCGUGAUGAAAUCUCAUCUAGUAUUGAACGAAAAAAAAAAAGAACUAGCAAUUUAUAUAGAUCUCUUUAUAGACUUACAGAUUUUCGUAGAUAAGAAAAUAAAUUAGUGCAGCGAUGAAACGUACCUGUCCGCACAGACCAGUUUGGCGGCUUUGCCUCUGUAUUUUUAAUACACUUCAUUUUCGCUAAUAGACAAAGUUUAAAUCCUAAUCUUCAUUUUACUAACAUUGACAUUUUUGAAAAAUCUUUAUCGCUCUUUUCGUUGCUAGAUAAUUAUGUGAUAAUUACAAAAAAACACACUACACUUUCUUUUGCGACGAUGUACCGCACCAAACACGUGGAUACAAGUUUUUGUUUACAGGAUACCUGAUACAUAAUAAAGUAAAUGUAAACAUAUUUUGAGAGGCAACACCAUAGAAUAGAUGAAAGAAAUAUGUAGGUAUAUAUUUGAUCUACUGUUUAAACAAAAUACGUGUGCGAACAAAGUGAAACACACCUAUAUAUUGGUAAUUCAGAAUUUCCUCUUAUUGUGACGUUUGUGAGAACAAAAAUGAUGUCAGUAUGUUAAUAGAAUGUUGUUAACCAAAGCUUAGCGACGGAUAAUACUAAGAGAGACGAUAUCCAAUAAACUUAUUCUUACAAACGAAUGUAAUUCCGCGAGGUAAUUGACGAUUUAUGUAAUUCUUUUAAGGAGCUUCUGGUGAUGUGUACUCGUCUUGAUUUACGGAAAACACAGAAUUUCACAGAAUGUUGUAAAGUACAUGGAAUCAUAACAAAUGUAUUAAAUAAAUAUGUUUGGCAACUUGUAAAUAAGUUACACAAUGUGGAUAUCAAAAGGAAAAAUUAUAACAAAAAGUUUGUGAUUAACAUGUUAUCCGAUUGUUACUUUUUCUUUUCAGGAUUAUGAAUACAAGUAUAUCCGAUUUUUACGUUAAUAAAAUUGAUGAAAAUAUGAAGUAAAAUGCAUAUCUGACACAUUGCAGGAACUCCUUUACAGUGCAGAUACUACUUUUCAUACGUACCACAUAGUAGGGUAGUAAUAUACGAUUAUAUUUAUAGCUACAACUGAGUAUUUUCCGACAGUAAUAACGAUCGAUAAUCGCUGCAGUUAUGUAUGUACAUAUUGUUUAUAGCAGAUGUAUUUGGUUCACACGUUUUGUUCUAGCAAAAUUUUUAUAAGUACAUUGUAAAAAUAAACUAUUUGUGUUAUGUAUUAAUGACCCUUUUCCACAGUCUUCCCAUUUCUAUAAAGCAGGAACUAGAAUGAUAUAAAUCUACCUAAUUUAUUAAAAUUUAAGAUUUUACAUAAAAGGUGUUAGUAUAAAUAUUCCAGGAAAACCUAUAAAUACUUUUGAAAGUUGUGAUGAAAUUUAUGUAACAUUAUUGUAAACAUUCUUGAUAACGUGUCAAUUUUUUUUUUUCAAUGUAUGAAGAGAUAUGCUACUGAAAA